AUGUCUUCUCAAGUCGCCAAGGCCGCGCGCCGCGUUACGCACGAGCUUCAUGGCGUCGUCGUCUCUGCUGGUCUUAUGGAAAAGACUGUCAAAGUUCGAGUCGGCGGCCAGAAGUGGAAUAAGAUUGUCAACAAGUGGUUCGCCGACCCCAAACAUUACCUUGUCCACGAUCCGAACUCAUCCCUACGAACCGGCGAUGUCGUUUCUAUUGUCCCCGGAUGGCCAACCUCCCAACACAAGCGCCAUGUUAUCAAGGAAAUAAUUGCCGCCCACGGAGUUCCUGCGCAUGAACGUCCACCUGUGCCUACAAUGGAGGAGAGAAUAGCGGAGUAUGAGGCUAAGAAGGCUGCUAAGGAUGAGCGGAGGGUAGCGAGACGGCAAGAAGAGGAGAGCAAGAGACUGGAAGAGAAGCGACUGGAAAACGAAGCGAGGGAAGCUAGACGCCUGGCCUGGGAGGCUCAACAAAAACGCAAAUCGGAGACCUCAGCAAGCGACGUCGAUUGA